AUGCCAGGAGCAACAGCUUUCCUAUCCGUGGCAGCUCUAGCAGCUCUCUCAGCCUACGUGUUUCCUCCCAUCGCCCAUGAAUUAAAAGUCGUGGGGCUCGGAAGAUCUGUCCCGGUGUCUACGAUCCAAAAUGUUGGGGAUUUUGUCAGGAUAGACGAUACCACGCAUUGCGAGGAUUUGCAUUACUAUGCGCCUGCAAACUUGCUGUUUACGGCUUGUGAGGAUAGACAUACGCGAUUUGGAUGGUUUCCUCCUCUGGGGAGCUUUGAGCCGCCGGAGGACGGCACGCAGGGGAGUAUUCAUGUUGUUGAUCCUGAGACCAUGAAAAGCAUACGUUUGUCUUUUGUAAACUUUGACAAGACUUUUGUUACGCAUGGCAUCGAUGUCAUCGCCGACCCCCUGGACAAGAAAGCCGUCUACAUUUUCGCAGUCAAUCAUUUCCCUAACCCAGAGUUUGUGGCUACGCGCCGCGAACACAUUACCAAGGCACACUCUCGCAUCGAGCUCUUCAGACAUGUGAUUGGAAGCAGCACACUCAAGCACAUUCGCACAAUCUCGCACAGGUUGAUCGAAACACCCAACGAUAUUUACGCCGUCAGCCCGAAUGAGUUCUACGUUACCAACGACCACAGACAUAGAGAAGGCUUGAUGAGAGAAUUAGAAAUGGUGGCGCCUUUCGGGUGGUCAAGUACCAUCCAUGUCUCCAUCACCGACCCCUCCGCCUCUUCCGCGACCUCCGGCCUAGAAGUCACCACCGCACUCACCGGACUAAAAAGCAACAAUGGAAUGGGCCAUGUCCACGAUUUCAACGAAAUCACAAUCAUCAGUGCAGAAAGAGGAAUUCUGUACCGCUGCUUUGCAGACCCCGCAAACAAGACGCUGAGUGUCGAGGAAACGGUGAAUUUGGACAGCACUCUGGAUAACCCUUCUUGGUACCAUGAUAAGUGGGCUUCUGCUGCUGAUGAUAAAAGUGGGUAUGUGCUUGCUGGUCUGGCGAGAGGAAUUGAUUUGGCGGGUCAUGCGAAGAAUCCCGCUGCUAAGGAUCCGCCAUAUGUGUGGUUGGUGCAGCGCGAAGCUUCUACCAGCACCCAAACAUCGAAUGACGACAAGAUGGAAAGUGGCUGGAACAAGAAAUUGGUGUUUGCAGAUGACGGAGCAACGGUCAGAACAGCAAGUGCAGCCGUAAUCGUCGGUAUCGACCCCAAGAAAGAAGGAGGAAAGAAAAUGGGUUGGUUGUUUGUCACUGGCUUCAUGUCUGAAAACAUGAUUGCUACAAAGAUUGAUCUUUGA